AAGUGCUCUCAAUUCUUCAUGCUUUCUUCAGCUUGAAAGCUUUGGCAUCCAUAGCAUUAGAAUCAGAGAGGAAUAGAAGAGAAACGGGGAACAUUUAGCCAGAGGAAAACUCAUCAAGAACUACAACAGAGGGUUAAGACAAUUACAGAGAAACAGAUUCAGGAAGGUAAACAAAUGGCUCGACCCAAGGCGAACAUAGGGGCCUUAGCCAGUGCAGCAUUUGCAGUCUUUCUUGUUAUGGUCAUGAUGAGCCAUAUCAGCAAUGCAGAAAGAGUACUGAAAGAUAAACAUGAAGAAGUUCACGUCAAGAAAGAAUCCACACAACCGUUUAUAGUUAGAGUAGCCAAUUUCCUCUGGCAAGGUGGAAAAUCCUCUUAUGAGCAUGUUUGGCCGGAAUUGAAGUUUGGCUGGAGAAUUGUAGUUGGCACUAUGGUAGGAUUCCUUGGAGCUGCUCUGGGUAGUGUUGGAGGAGUUGGAGGUGGUGGAAUUUUUGUCCCAAUGCUCACCUUGAUCAUUGGAUUUGACGCCAAAUCUUCCACGGCCAUCUCUAAGUGUAUGAUAAUGGGUGCAGCUGGAUCGACAGUGUACUACAACCUGAGACUAAGGCACCCAACAUUGGAAAUGCCACUCAUAGAUUAUGAUUUAGCAUUGCUCUUCCAGCCAAUGCUUAUGCUGGGAAUCAGCAUAGGGGUUUUCCUUAAUGUCAUGUUCGCGGAUUGGAUGGUCACGGUCCUGCUUAUCAUUCUCUUCAUUGGUACAUCAACUAAAGCCUUAUUCAAGGGUAUAGAGACAUGGAAGAAAGAGACCAUGAUGAAAAAGGAAGCAGCCAGGUUGGAGUUGGAGGCGAAACCUGCAGAUGGAGCUAGUCAGGACUAUAAACCACUACCUAGCGGUCCAGCAUUUAUGCCAGAUGAUCAAGUUCCCCUCCUACAAAACAUUUACUGGAAAGAGUUGACAUUACUUGUUUAUGUCUGGGUUGGUUUCCUCAUUGUUCAGCUUGUUAAGGAAUAUGUUCCAACAUGCUCAACCACCUACUGGAUUCUAAACUCCUUGCAGGUACCAAUUGCUGCCUCUGUCACUCUUUUUGAAGCCAUAUGCUUAUACAAAGGGACCAGGGUAAUUGCAUCCAAGGGAAAGGAAGUCACAAACUGGAAAAUUUAUCAGAUUCUUCUUUACUGUUCCUGUGGGAUAGUUGCUGGUAUGGUAGGCGGCCUGCUUGGCCUAGGAGGUGGCUUCAUCCUUGGACCUCUUUUUCUUGAGUUGGGCAUUCCUCCUCAGGUAGCAAGUGCAACAUCAACAUUUGCAAUGGUAUUCUCGUCCUCGAUGUCAGUUGUACAAUACUAUCUCCUCAACCGGUUCCCAGUCCCAUAUGCUUCUUAUUUUGUUUUAGUAGCAACAAUUGCCGCCUUCACUGGCCAGCACGUUGUCAGAAAGAUCAUUGCCGUGCUUGGAAGGGCAUCCAUAAUCAUCUUUAUCCUAGCCUUGACAAUCUUUGUAAGCGCAAUCAGUUUAGGAGGAGUUGGCAUUGUGGAUAUGGUUGAAAAGCUGGCGAAUGAAGAGUACAUGGGGUUCGAGAACCUCUGCCAUGUGGCUUGAGUUCUCCGUGCUAUGUGGGGAAAUUCUGCACUCUGUCGUGGCAACAAAAUCCACGGUGCUUUGAACUUCCAAAGUUACCUAUUUAUUCUUCAUUACUUUUCAAGUAAAGAUUUGGUUUAAUUGAAUGUUCCUAGACAUUCGUUUGUUUUCCAGCUUCUUCAUGUUGUUCUUUGGGUUUUGGUUUUGGAUUUGGAUUUUCCCUGCAUCUUAUUCUGUAAUGGCUAUGGCAAUGGCAGCCACAUUUUAUGUAUGAAAUUAUUCAGAAUAACACUCAUAAGGUGUC